AUGCGAAUUCACAGUGCGUUAAUCCCUCCAUUACGUGGGAGUUCAAUUGACAUUCAUCCAAAUGCUCGAUGGCAACAGAAUGGUGUCACAGUGGCUGGAGGAAAUGGACGAGGCAAUGGAAUCAAUCAACUCUCUAACCCAUACGGUUUGUAUGUUGAUGAUGAUCAAACUCUCUAUGUCGCUGAUAGGUCGAAUCACCGUAUUGUGGAAUGGAAAUCGGGUGCGACGAGUGGCCAAGUGGUUGCCGGUGGAAAUGGACAAGGAAGUGGAGCUCAUCAGUUGUCGAACCCAUAUGAUGUGAUUGUCGACAAAGAGAGAGAUAGUCUCAUCAUCUGCGAUCGUUCGAAUGCAAGAGUAGUUCGAUGGCCUCGUCGAAAUGGGACAAGUGGAGAAACGAUCAUCUCGAACAUCGACUGUAUGGCCUUGACAAUGGACGAGAAUGGAUCUCUCUAUGUCGCUGACGUUGGAAAAGCUGACGUUGGCAUUCGCAAUGGUCUCACUGUGGCUGGAGGAAAUGGACAAGGCAAUGGAAUCAAUCAACUCUACAACCCAUGGGGUUUGUAUGUUGAUGAUGAUCAAACUCUCUAUGUCGCUGAUCCAUCGAAUUAUCGUAUUGUGGAAUGGAAAUCGGGUGCGACGAGUGGCCAAGUGGUUGCCGGUGGAAAUGGAGAAGGAAGUGGGGCUCAUCAGUUGUCGAACCCAUAUGAUGUGAUUGUCGACAAAGAGAGAGAUAGUCUCAUCAUCUGCGAUCGUUCGAAUAGAAGAGUGGCUCGAUGGCCUCGUCGAAAUGGGACAAGUGGAGAAACGAUCAUCUCGAACAUCGAUUGUAUGGGCUUGACAAUGGACGAGAAUGGAUCUCUCUAUGUCACUGACUAUGGAAAAGCUGAAGUGAGACGAUAUCGAAGAGG